GACACACAGUGACACACGGGGUGACACGCACUCGGGCGGAUGGCGAUCCUCCGCAUAAAGUUCACGCGCCAGACGAGAGACAAGCUGGCGCAGGCUCUCUGGGCCCUCAACUGGGUGUCCGUGGUGGCCGGCAUCGUGCUCUUCGCCCUGGGGCUUUCGUUCAAGAUCGAGCUGAAGAAGAGGGCCGAGGUGAUGGAGCACAGAAACAGCGUCCAGUCGCUGCCCAACUUCCUGCUCGUGGUGGGAAUCGUGGCGUGCGCCAUCAACCUCCUGGGCGGCAAGAUCUGCCACGACUGCGCCGACGCGACUCGCUUCACCCGCUGGCGGAUCUACCUCCUGCCCUACAUCGUGGGCACCUUCUUCUUCACGUUCGUCAUUCUCCUGGGCGCCCUCAUGUGCCUCAUGGUCCGCUCGGACCUCGAGGAGGCCUUCCACCACGGGCUGCGCAACGGCAUGAGGUUCUACAAGGACACGGACACGCCGGGCAGGUGCUUCCUCAAGCGGACCAUCGACCUCCUCCAGAUGGACUUCCGCUGCUGCGGCAACAACGGCUUCAGAGACUGGUUCGAGAUGCAGUGGAUGAGCGCACGAUACCUGGACCCCAACUCCAAGGACGUCAUGGACCGCCUCAAGAGCAACGUGGACGGCAAGUACCUGGUGGAUGGCGUCCCCUUCAGCUGCUGCAACCCCAGCUCGCCGCGUCCCUGCAUCCAGCACAGCGUCACCAACAACUCGGCGCACUACAACUACGACUACCUGACCGAGGAGCUCAACCUGUGGAUGCGGGGCUGCCGUGACGCGCUGCUCGAGCACUUCUCGGCCUUUGUCCACGCCAUCGCCACCGUGGGUGUCCUCGUCUGGCUCUUCGAGCUCUCGGUCCUCGUGGGAGUCCGCUACCUGCAGACGUCGAUGAUGAACGCCACCCCGCCGAGCGAGGAGGGCGUGCAGGACCAGAACGAGGUGUGCGAAGGCUGGCUCCUGGAGAACAGCAUCCUGGAGACGGCUCGGAGCAACCUCAACAUCAUCAAGAACCUGGGCAAGUCGAACCAGGUGAACGCCGACGACGACGAAGGCAACGCCUCGGCGCCCCCCGCCGACUACGGACCCGGCGGGGCGCCCCCCACGACCAUCCUGCCAGGGGAGAAAGCGUGAGAAGGAGGUUCGUGUGGUGGAGUUG